AUGAAGAGAAGAACCAGGAGAAGAACCAAGAGAGGAACCAGGAGAAGAAACAGGAGAAGAACCAAGAGAGGAAACAGGAGAAGAACCAGGAGAGGAAACAGGAGAAGAAACAGGAGAGGAACAGGAGAAAAACCAGGAGAUGAACCAGGAGAAGAAACAGGAGAGGAACCAGGAGAGGAAACAGGAGAAGAAACAGGAGAGGAACAGGAGAAAAACCAGGAGAUGAACCAGAAGAAGAAACAGGAGAGGAACCAGGAGAGGAACCAGGAGAAGAACCAGGAGAGGAAACAGGAGAAGAAACAGGAGAGGAACAGGAGAAAACCAGGAGAUGAACCAGGAGAAGAAACAGGAGAGGAACCAGGAGAGGAAACAGGAGAAGAAACAGGAGAGGAACAGGAGAAAAACCAGGAGAUGAACCAGAAGAAGAAACAGGAGAGGAACCAGGAGAGGAACCAGGAGAAGAAAGAAACAGGAGAGGAACAGGAGAAAAACCAGGAGAUGAACCAGAAGAAGAAACAGGAGAGGAACCAGGAGAGGAACCAGGAGAAGAACCAGGAGAGGAACAGGAGAAAAACCAGGAGAUGA